AUGGGGGUACUAUCUAAUCUAUUAAACUUGAAUAAGGAUGAAAAACGUCCUUCAUCUUUCAAUGAACAAUCUUCUUAUGAUUCAAAUACUGGACAAAUAAUCAAAGAUUCAUCAAGACAAAAAACUAAUGAACUUAACCAAGAUUAUGAAUCUGAAAUUACAAGUGAAAAACAAUUAGAUCAUAUUUUUAAAGAUCCUGAAAUUGCAAAAUAUUAUAAAGAAAUUUAUGAAAAAACAAAUUAUGAAUGUAAAGAUUGGUUUGAUCCAAAUUAUGAAUGGAAUUUAAAAGAUGAAAAAAAACUUUUAUGGAAAUUAGAUUGGAAAGUUACAUUUUGGGCUUAUUUUAUGCUUACAGCUUUAGAUUUUGAUAGAUAUAAUAUUCAACAAGCACUUUCUGAUAAUAUGUUGGAUGAUUUAGGUUUAAACACUGGUGAUUAUAACAUUGGUAAUACAAUUAAUUUAGUUUGUUUUUUAGCUGCUGAAUUACCAUCUCAAUUAAUCUCCAAGAAAUUAGGUGCUGAUGUUUGGAUUCCAAUGCAAUUAAUUAUUUGGAGUAUGGUUUCAAUUGCUCAAGCUGGUAUCACGAAUAAAGCUGGGUUUUAUGUUACAAGAGCUUUAAUUGGUGCUUUCCAAGGUGGAUUUAUUUGUGAUACAUGUCUUUGGAUGACUUAUUUUUAUACCUCAAAGGAAUUACCAUUUAGAUUAUCAUUAUUUUAUAUUGCAAAUCCAUUAACUUCAGUUUUUUCUUCAUUAUUAGCAUUUGCUCUCUUAAGAAUCAAGACAAGUUUAUUACCUCAUGGAUGGCAAUGGUUAUUUAUAAUUGAAGGUGUUUUCACAUUAUUAGUUGGUAUUAUUUCAUUUUUUAUGAUGCCUCCAUCUGCUGUUCAAACUAAAACUUGGUUUAGACCAAAUGGUUGGUUUACAGAACAUGAAGAAAAAAUUGUUGUUAAUAGAGUUUUGAGAGAUGAUCCAUCAAAAGGUGAUAUGAAUAAUAGACAACCAGUUUCAUUAAAAGAAUUAUUUAAAAGUUUAAUUGAUUAUGAUAUAUUACCAAUUUAUUUAAUUAGAUUUUUGGUUGAUUCAGGUUCUGCACCUGUAAAUAAUUAUAUGACUUUAACUUUAAGAAAAUUAGGGUUUAAUACAUUCAAUACAAAUUUAUUAACAAUUCCUUAUAACGUGUUGGCAAUUAUAACAAUGGUUUUCCUUUCAUGGUUUUCAGAAAUUAUAAAAUCAAGAUCUUUAUUAAUUGCAACAGUUCCAAUUUGGAAUUUAGCCCUUUUAUUCCCAUUAAGAUUUUGGUCAGGUGCUCAAGUUCAAGUUUGGCCAACUUAUAUAAUUUUAACUUUAUUAUUAGGUCAUGCUCAAAUUUGGCCCCUGAGUAUUAGUUGGUGUUCAGCAAAUUCAAAUUCUGUUAGAUUAAGAGCUGUUAGUUCUGCAGUGGUUAAUAUUUUUUCUCAAGCAAGUGGUAUAAUGUGUGCAAAUCUUUAUAGACCUGAUGAUGCACCUUUAUAUAAAAGAGGAAAUACAGAUCUUAUUGGUAUUGGAUUUGCAGGUUUUAUUGUUUGUAUAUUAACAAGAUAUUAUUAUAUUUGGAGAAAUAAAUCAAAAGCUUUAAAAUGGGAUAAAUUAACUGAUGAAGAAAAGGAAAUUUAUAUUAAAGAAACAAAAGAUGAAGGUAAUAAAAGAUUAGAUUUUAGAUUUGUGUAUUAG